GACGUGCGCGGCGCGCGACGCAGAGCCGAGGUCGUGAUGAGCUGUGUGCUGUGUGCGCCGGCGGCUGGGGCUGCCCGGGCGCUGAGGCUCGUGCGCUGGGCUUCCCGAAGCCUGCAUCCGCCGCCCGGUGGCCGGGAUCAGGCCCAGUCCGCAGCCAAGGGCGAGGAAGAGGACGAUCCUGACCGCCCCAUUCCGUUUUCCACCAGCAAAGCCAGCCCGUCCCGUUGGACGGUGGAGCACUCCCUGGGAAAGGAGCAGCAGCGACCCUGGUGGAGGGUCUUGCCCAUAAGCCUGUCCCUCAUGAUUCUGCUCAUUUGGUGCGUCGUCAGGGACGAGACCAGCACGGACCGCUGGUUGAAACAGGUAUUGGAGGAAGAGGAGCCGGAGCUCAGCGAUCCCUCCGAGGAGCCUGGCACUCCCGCUGCCUAUGGAGAGAGAACUUAAAGAGGCGCCCGCGGGGGCAGACAGCGAGGGACCAGGCAGCGGCCCUUAGGUCUGACGUCGCGUUUGAUAGUUUCUGUCUGGUUCUGUGCGUCCCCAGGCUGAAGGGUUGGAUGGCGCGCCUGGCCACACUGACCCUCGGGGGAGGAGAGAGCAGAAUGUCAGCAGACGGGACCCAGUUCUUGGCCUGAUACUUUGAUGCCCAACGAAUAUGCACAAAAGACUUUUUUUAGAUCCAUAUGAAAGGUUUUGGAUUUGUGAUUUUGUUCAACAUUAUGUUUCCAAAGCAAGUCUGGUGACACUUGUAAUCCAGUGUAAUCUAGUUUGCUUUUGAGACAGAAUAACUCAGACGAGUUAAGCUUUUUAUUUUACAAUGUAUUGUGGUAUGUAUAAAUUGAUGUUAGUUUUACAAACUAACACAUUGAUAAAUAUUAAUUAGCUAAUGUGGAAUUAAGCUAGCCCCCCCUUUUGCAUCUCAUUAAACAAAGGGAGUCUUUUAGUCCUUUUUCAAUUCCUUCUUUUUAAAUUGAUUUUAGAGAGAAGAAGGGAGAGAGAGAGAAGUCAAUGAUGAGAGAGAGAAUCAUGGAUGGCUGCCCCGUGCACGCCCCCUACUGGGGAUUGAGCCGUAAACUGGCAUGUGCCUUGACCUCAGUCCUGGUGACCUCUUUGCUCCUGGGUUACUCAACGCUGAGCCACACUGGCAGGGCUCCUUUGUGGGUUUUUCUUCUUCUUCUUCUUCCUUCUUCUUUCUUCCUUCUUCCUUCUUCUUCUUUUUUAUCAAGGCAACAACUUUCUGAAUAAAAUAAAACCGAUGAAUUUUUCUUUUGACAAAUUA